UGUGUGUGUGUGUGUGUGUGUCUGUGUGUGUGUGUGUGUGUGUAUCUGUGUGUGUGUGUGCGUGUGUGUGUGUUUGAGUCUGUCUGUGUGUAAGUGUGUGGGAGUGUGAGUGUGAGUGACUGUGUGAGUCUGUGAGUGUGUGUAUGUGAGAGAGAGAGAGUGUGUGUGUGUGUGAGAGUGUCUGACACAAGGAGGUGACCAGCCGGGAACGCGCCGGAUGAGGGACUGCCUCUCUCGGUGGCGCGUCGCUGCAUUAUUUCUGUUCCAUGGCUGUACCAGAGGGGAGAGAGUGUCUGUCUCAGGCAGUGUGCGCUAGUCCUCCGGGAACAGCCGAUUUCAAAGAGAUCUGCAUGCGGCUAGAGGCGGGGAGAUGCAGCCGGGCUUGGAAUUAGCUCGCUUCGCUCUACUCUGCCUCUGCUGCUUGUGCCUCCUCGUCCCGGUGCAAGGCUGUGGACCCGGCCGGGGAUACGGCAGGAGGAGAGCGUCCAGAAAGCUCACCCCUCUCCUCUACAAGCAAUUCAUCCCCAAUGUGGCCGAGAAAACCUUGGGGGCCAGCGGCAGAUCGGAGGGCAAAAUCAACCACAAUUCUGAGAAAUUCAAGGAGCUGACUCCCAAUUACAAUCCUGACAUUAUAUUCAAAGACGAGGAGGAUACCGGCGCCGACCGUCUAAUGACACAGCGCUGCAAGGAUAAGGUGAAUUCACUGGCGAUCUCUGUCAUGAACCAGUGGCCAGGGGUGAAGUUGCGAGUGACAGAGGGCUGGGACGAGGACGGACACCAUUCCAAGGAAUCCUUGCAUUACGAGGGCCGAGCGGUCGACAUCACCACCUCCGACAGGGACCGCACGAAGUACGGCAUGCUGGCUCGCCUAGCGGUGGAGGCAGGAUUUGACUGGGUGUAUUACGAGUCAAAAGCUCACAUUCACUGUUCAGUGAAAUCAGACAAUUCAAUGGCCACCAAAACAGGCGGCUGCUUCCCCUCGGCAGCCACGGUCACCCUGGAAGACGGGCGGAGCCGAGCCAUGUCCGAGCUGAGCCCCGGCGACCGAGUCCUGACAGCGGACGCAGCCGGCAGAGUGGUCCCCAGCCAGGUGUUGCUCCUGCUGGACAAGGAAGGGGAGAUGAGGGUCUCCUUCACCGUGCUGGAGACCGAGGACCCGCGGCGGCGCCUGGAGCUGACGGCGGCCCAUCUCGUCUUCGUCUCCGACAACCACACGGACAGGGCGGAGGAAUUCCAGCCCAUGUUCGCCAGCACGGUGCGCGUAGGCCACUUUGUCCUCGUGAAGGAGGUCGACUCCAGCCGCUUGCGCUCGUCCCGGAUUAGAGCGGUCUACGCGACGGAGGCGGUCGGCGCGUACGCGCCGCUGACCUCCCACGGCACGUUGCUGGUGAAUAACGUCCUCGCGUCUUGUUACGCCGUGAUACAGAAGCACCACUGGGCGCACCUAGCCUUCACGCCUCUCCGAUUCUUCCACUCGUUGACUAAUGUGCUACCGUCCUACCCCACGAGGCACGGCAACACCACGCUAGAGAACGGCAUCCACUGGUACUGCAGGUUCCUCUACGGCUUGGGCAAGAGACUGCUGGACCAGGGAAAGUUUCACUCUUUAUGAAGAGUUGUGGCAGCAGGGCUGACUUAGCCAGAGGGAGGUUCUGGAUCGCAAGACAACCUUUUGCGUAUCUGUGAUACGCCAGGUUCAUCCGCAUAAGUACCUACAUAUUUUUUCAGCUUGAAGUGGUCUUGUACUGUACAAGGGAAUUUCAGAUACACAAAAAAAGCUGGAGAAACUCAGCCGGGUGCAGCAGCAUCUAUGGAGGAAAGGAAAUAGGCAACGUUUCGGGCCGAAACCCGAAGGAAAUAGGCAAC